AUGAUCCAAGAAUUGAAGCCUGGAUAUUGUGCUACAAGUUCUGAGCGCACUCUCGGGGUCUACCAGCGCACAAAGGCUCGGUCUCUAAAGGUUGAUGAACAAGAAUGUCUACCACCCACUGCAUUGACCAAACGGUGCGGACCAACAUUUCCAAGGGAAGCUGUGUUCACAACACCACAUGAGAACCAUGACAUGUACCUAAAAGCCCUUCUGGAAUACAGAAUUUGGUUUUUAUCCAGGGUUGUUGGAAGCAGUGCAGAUGAGCAGUCAGUUCCAGGAUUUGGUGGAUUCAUUUCGAGUACUGGAUUGCAGCCUUCACGGAAGUCUACCAUUGACUACUUUACACCCAUUGAUCAGCCAUUUACAGACUACGCUGUCAUUGAAGCGCUUCUUGAACAGUCGGAGCAGGCUACCAAAGAGGUUGGACAGAAGUAUGUUCUUUCAACGUUCGACCUAGGAGGAUGCAUGAAGGCACUCCCUUUGAUAUGGAAGUAUCCAGAACGGUACAAAUACCAUGUGAUCACGCCAGGAGCCUUCCACACCGCCAUGAACUACAUUGGCAUGGUCACCAAGAACAAGUGUGCCGGGUCAGGGUAUGGAGAGAUACUGAUCGAGGCUGGAUUAGUAACAAGUGGUUGCAUACAAAAUGUUUUGAGCGGGAAGGCAUACGCAAAGGCUCUGUUCUGCCUGAAGACCGUUACAGAGGCAAUGGAGAGGUUACUGUUCGAACGCUUUGCUGAAAACAUGGAAAGUGAAUUGAACCCAACUCUCUUAAUGAAACUGGUUUCAAUUUUAAGCCGUGACACACUGAACAGUUUGCUUGACGACCAGUCUGUAACAGAUUUCAUUGAUCAGUACAUCAGCUUUGAAGAUUCCGUGCGACAUGGGGAACUAGGAAAAACUGCAAUGUUCUGGUUGAGUGUUGUUGACCAUGCCAGGCUUGUCCUCAUGCUACUGUAUGCUGUGAAAACAAACAACUUGGAUCUUUUCCACCAGUGUUAUGGUCAGAUGGCUGUUCUUUGCAUAUGAUGGACCAAACUACUCAAGGUAUCUGACAUGGUUUGAGGUUUUUCUCACCAACAUAGAUCUUACUCAUCCUGGGGCAAAGGAACUACUACAGAAAGGGGGCAUUGCAGUGACGCGAUCACUAAUCCCAGGCUCGUGUAGUGCAGUCGACAAAACCAUGGAGGAAACGUUCA